GGACAACCCAGCUUGCUUUCACAGCUGCUCUCGGCAUGCACAGGAGCUUUCUAGUAGUCCUCUCGGCCGUGGCGGCUAACCUGGGGCUGGCAAGCGCAGCACUGUUCACGGACCCUGCCGACAUACUUGCAGACAAACAGUAUCAUUAUAUUGUGGUGGGCGCAGGACCUGGGGGAAGCGUCGUCGCAAGCCGCCUCUCGGAAGACCCUCAGACAAACGUCUUGCUUAUCGAAGCCGGUCCGAGCGACGAAGGAGUCUUACCGAUUGAAGUUCCUUACCUGGCAUAUGAGCUGCAGCCUAACACGACUUAUGAUUGGAACUACACGACGACCCCUCAGACAGGUUUAGAUGGCCGGGCGGUCAUAUACUCACGAGGGCGCGUUCUCGGUGGCAGCUCUAGCAUAAAUGUUAUGGCUUACACACGAAGCUCUAGAGAUGACUUUGACAGAUAUGCCGCUGUUGGCGGAGACCAAGGGUGGUCUUGGGAUGCCAUCGAACCCUACUACAGAAAGCUUGAGCACCUGGUUCCGCCGGUCGACCAUCACAAUACGAGCGGUCAAGUCGAAUGGCAGAUCCACGGCACUCGCGGUCCGCUCAACAUCACCGUCGCCAACGCACCGUUCCCCAUCGACUCCCACGUGGUCGCCACCACACAAGAACUCAGUGAGGAAUACCCGUAUAACGAGGACAUGAACUCAGGCUAUCCCUUGGGAAUCGGGUGGGCACAGGCCACAUACGGGAACGGCAUCCGCGCGACAGCGUCCUCGUCUUACAUUCGCCCAGUGAUAUCUCGGCCCAACCUCGACGUUCUAAUAAACACGAUCACGACGAAGAUCCUCAGAAGCAGGCACAGCGACGAGAGCGGGGUUCCAGUAUUCUCCGGCGUCGAGGUCGCGCAGUCGAGCACAUCGCCCACGUUCGCCUUCAACGCGACGAAGGAGGUGAUACUGUCAGCGGGGGCGAUCAACACGCCCCAGCUGCUCCUGCUCUCCGGGAUCGGCCCCCGCGCGCACCUCGCCUCCCUCGGGAUUGAGACCGUCGUCGACCUGCCCGCCGUGGGGCAGAACCUCAUGGACCACCCCCGCGUGGGCAACCAGUUCAGCGUCGCGAGCGCGCAAGACGACCCGGGCGACACCAUAGGGCGGAACAGCACACUCUUCGACGAGCUGCUGCAGGAAUGGGAGGAGCAGCGGCAAGGGGUGAUGACCAACGGGGGCACGAACCACAUCGGCUGGCUGCGGUUGCCGGCGGACGAUCCGAUUUGGGAGACAGAGGAGGACCCGAGCGCGGGCCCGGCCGCGCCGCACUAUGAGUUUCUGUUCAGACCCGCCUUCGCGUCGUCGAUCCCAGGCACGCCCACGCCCGCAACGGGGAACUUCAUGACCGUCCUCGCGGUGCUCGUCUCCCCCACCUCCACCGGCUCCGUCACGCUCUCUUCCGCUUCCCCCUUCGCGCCGCCCGUCAUCGACCCCGCGUUCCUCAGCACCCCGUUCGACGUCUACACGAUGCGCGCCGCGAUCCGCUCCGCCGCGCGCUUCGUCUCGUCCGCACAAACGUGGGACGGCUUCGUCACCGGGCAGGGGGCGGGCUUCGCCGACGUGGACCUGAACGAUGACGCGGCGGUGGACAAGUGGGCGCGGGCGCAGGCGUCGACGAUAUGGCACCCGACGGGCACUGCGAGGAUGGGUGGCUGUGGGUACGUGGAGGAAGGAAGCGUGGUCGAUCCGGACCUGAGGGUGAGGGGAACGGAGGGGUUGCGGGUCGUCGAUGCGAGCGUUUUCCCAUUCAUUCCCGCGGCGCAUCCGCAGGCGGCAGUCUACGCGUUCGCGGAGCGUGCGGCAGAUCUCAUCAAGAGCGGAAGACGAUUUUGCUGACGGGCAGGAAUGGGGACUUGUGUCUCGACAGCGGAUUUGGAUGGGUAUGUUGCGCAGUCAUAGAGCAUCGGCGACACGUAUGAGUGACAAUUGUAGUGCUGGAUUUUGUAAGGUGCGCUCGCCAAGGCUACAAGUUCUGCAUGGGCGCAUAAAGCGAACGAUGCGAACCCACUACAGAUGAUCACUUCUUGUUUUGCGCUGCCUUCCGCGGCCCCUCACCCAGAGUGCUCCAGAAAUAGUCCAAAACCCAUGUACGAGGCAACCAUUCAAAUAUUUUGUACCACGAUGUCAUCGUGCCCUCACUCAUGUAUCUCGGCGGCUUGGGCUGCAGGAGAGCGUUCACCGUUUUCUGCGCAAACACCUCCGUGGGCAUGGGGUUGCUCUCCUGACUCCAGGUCAUCUUCUUAAGGAUGGAGUCGUAGUAGUCCUGGUACAGGCUGUCUGGGGGCAGCCGGAUGCCGCGCACGGCCUGGUUGGUGGCGAUGUUGGACUUGACGGCGCCAGGGGCGAGGAGGACGACGUGGAUGUUGAACGGGGUGCACUCCAUGUAUAGCACGUCGGUGAGGGAGUGCAGCGCGGCUUUCGUGGCGCAGUAGACUCCGUUCCAGGGGUUCGGUAUGUUGCCACCGACCGAGCCCACGUUCACGAUGGUGCCACGCUUGCGGGAGGUCAUGUGUGGGAUGACUGCCCUUGCGGUGCGGAUUGUGGCGAAGACGUUCGUCUCGAAUAUGCGCACGAUGUCGUCCAUGUCGACGUCGAUGAGGGGUGAACUGGUGCUCGCCCCAGCGUUGUUCACGAGUAUGUCUAUCUGACCUUCUUCGGCGAUGAUGGUCUGCACGACUUUCGUCACGUCGUCAUCUUUCGUCACAUCCAGCGGAAGGCGACGGACACCGUCGUGGCUGAAGCCGUCCAUGGACUCGGGUCGGCGUGCGGUCGCAUACACCACGCAUCCCUUUGCGGCGAACUCCUCGCAUAGUGCGAAGCCGAUGCCGCCCUUUGAACAACCUGUGACGAGAACGACGGUUUUGCGACUAGACAUGUCGGAAUGAAGAGAGCAGCAGGAGCGGGAUCUACAAUUGAAUCAGGCUGGGAGCCUGAAGAAGCGGCAUGCGUGAGAGUCG